AUGUUACUUAUUCGAUCUCCAAGUAUAAUUUUUGCAUUUAUAUUUUCACUUUUUUCCUUAACAUUGACCAUGUUAACAUUUAACAUUGGCUAUCAACAUCCGAAACAACAUAUUCAAUUUCUCAUCAUCUUGCCACCAAUAAAUAGUAUCUUUCUAUUUCUGUUUUCAUUAACAUGGAUCGAACGGCGUUUUCGUCUCUCAUACAUACCUUUGAUAUGUUUGUUUAUACUCCUAUCCUCAUCAUUAACAUUGACAAUUAUUUCAAGUUUAUUUUUAACAUCAUCAAUAGUUCUAUACUUCAACCUGAUUUUCCACUGCUUUUCUACGUUGAUCUAUCUUAUCUUAUUGAUACUUCUGAUUACUUCGUAUGUCUACGGUCGGCUCGAUGCCCAUGAUCAAUCGUUGAGAACUUCAAAAUCAUCUCAAUUCGAUAAAUUCAUACUUAAAUCGAAUGAACAUGAACUGGUUUUAUACAUGUCACACUUUCCAUGCGGUCGUCAAUCUCAUGAUAUUCAAACUAUGCUCGAUGAUCUAAAUCGACUUCAUAUCAACAUCAUUCUAACCUUAAAUGAAACAAAAGAAGUCUCAUUCAUCAAUCUCAGUAGCACUCACAACCAUAUGGAUGUUCAUUCAACACGUACCCAACGAACAAGUAUGGAACAUAUCAUUUAUCCCAUUCGGAAGAGCUUCAUUCCAAAAUCGAUCAGUGAUUAUAUUCAAUUUUUAUAUAGUAUCGUAAAUAAUGUCAAACAACAUGAACGACAAUGUUUACUUGUGCAUUGUAUGAAUGGUUUGGGAAGAACUGGGAUGACAAUUGUCUGCUUGGAACUUGUCUAUGAAUAUAUGAUGAAUGAAAAUCAACACAAAAAAGAGCAGAAAUUCGUCGAACGAAUCUGUCAUUAUCCAUUUUUAUUGCAGAAUUUUUGUCGAGUAUGUCAAGCAAUAACAAACGUGCGACGAAUUCGGCCGAAAAGUAUACAUAAUCCAAUACAAAUUUUGUUUGUGCACGAGUUCUAUGCACGUUUAAAAUCACUAUCUUAUAUGCAACAAAUCAAAGAAGUGAUCCAUCUUAAUGACAAGGUCCAUUUCAGCAAUUUCGAAGAACUGCAUUUACCCAUAGACACGUAA